CACAAAUCAGUAACUGGUAUAGGUGGUCGGUCAUACAAAGAACCUGAAAACUAAAUGAAUCCAAGGCAACUCAACUGAAUUUGUGCAAGAUGGCUAUGUUCACUAGUCAGAGCUUUGAAAGCCUCCUAGAAGAGUUUAAGACCCUAAGAAGAUCCACAGAUGCUAUAGACUGCUCUCAAACUUGCCCUGACACGCCUGCUGGGGUUGCACAUGAGCCACAGACUGCAGAUAUAGAUAUUGCUGCAACAUGGAGAAACCAACUUCCUCUGCUGUUGCAUGUACCAGAGCCCUGUAAACAGCAGCUGCCGCUACCUAGUAUUGUAGAGCACUUGCAGUGUGCAGAGGGGAGCCUGCCAUGCCUUGCAGAAGAGCUAAUGGCAGCACAGAGCUCACAGCUUGAUGAGCUGCAGAGGAGGAAAGAAUCACUCUCUCAACUGGAAGACACGCUGGCCAAAGAAAAGGCAAUAUUUGAUUCUGAGGAGCGGGAGCUAUGCAGUGUUACUAGAGAGAUCUGUCUGUCUGAAGGAAACUGUGUCGGUUUGAAAGAUGAUUGUACCAGCCUGGAGAAAGAGAUUGAAGAACUACUCGCAGAGAAGCAUCAGAACGAGCUGAGACUGAUGAGAGCUGUCGACAAGACUCAGAGAGUGCAGGAGCAGGCACUGGUUUAUCGUGAGAAGAUGAGUACACACGCGGCUAGGACCAGAGAAAUGGAGAGCUCACUACCUAUCUACCAAGAAGUGGAGAAAUUGAAGAGUUGCCUUCAGACACUCAAAGAGAAACGGCGUGAGUACAUGCAGGGAGAGGGGCUCCAACUACUGAGUGGAGAAAAGCUAAGAUUAAUACAGGAGCAGAUAGACAGUGCUCUAGUCUCAUUGGCUGGAGCGGAGGAGGAGAGUAAAGAAAAGAAGAAGAUGAUUGAAGAGUACAAAGAACGCAGGCAGCAACUGAGAAGAGAUAUUGAAAUGAAAAAAAAGCGUCGAGGUGCCCAGUUGACACGAUUACAGAGGCAAACUAGUGAGGCCCAGUCCAGACAAAGGCAACUGGCCAGAGAAGCUGAGAGAUUGCAGCUGAAUAUCAGAGACCUCAAGCAAAAACUCCGAGAUUAGAACUUUUACUACUGAUGCGAUAUCCAGUUUUUAAAACUAAUCAAACAAAAUAAAUGUAUCAACUCUACAUGUGUUGACUUUUAUCGUAUCACAAAUUUAUCUCAU